CAACCGCUGACGGUCUUCCCUUACUUAACUCUCCCCACAGCUUCUCCGGCUUCUCGGUCCCCCUGGCCCCCUGGUAAUGGAGACUGCCAUUCCUUAAAGUACAGCCACCAUGUCUCCAGAAAGGAAUCCCACCGAGACCUCCCCGUUGCUGGGUCCUCAAAGCAACGGCUCUACCACGGGGGCUAUCCCCAACAUCGGCCGCCAGGAUGUUGAGUCAGGCGAGCAGACUCCCCUGGCGCAGGACCAGACCAAAGAUGUCCCUGAGGCAGGGAAGGGCCUGCGGUAUAUCAUUCCGGCCAUUUCACUCGGAGUCUUCCUCUCCGCAGCCGACCAGACAAUCAUCAUGGCCAGUUAUGGCCAGAUUGGCAGUGAUUUGGAGGCGCUCAAUCUGACCAGCUGGAUCGCCACCUCUUACUUUCUGACCUUGACCUCGUUCCAGCCGCUGUACGGAAAAUUGAGCGAUAUCUUCGGUCGCAAAGCAUGCCUCCUGUUCGCAUAUGCCAUCUUUGGCGUUGGUUGCUUGUUCUGCGGAGUUGUGCAGAACAUUGACCAACUUAUCGCUGCUCGCGUUUUCCAAGGCAUUGGAGGCGGUGGCAUGACUACCGUUGUGAGUAUUCUGAUGAGCGAUAUCGUCCCUCUCCGAGAUCGGGGCGUUUGGCAGGGCAUUAUCAAUAUCAUCUACGCGACUGGCGCGGGCAUAGGAGCCCCUCUAGGUGGUAUCUUAGCCGACUUCAUCGGCUGGCGAUGGGCCUUCAUCGCUCAAGUUCCCCUUUGCAUUCUCGCCUUCAUUGCCGUGUUCUUCCUGCUUGAUGUCCCGGCCCAAGAAGACAGCCACUGGAAGGACAAGCUGCGCCGUAUCGAUUUCCCCGGCGCCAUCGUCCUCGUCGGUGCAGUUUUCGGAUUCCUCCUCGGUCUGGACCGUGGAAGCAACGUCUCCUGGACGAUACCGAUUACCAUUGUUUCCCUCAGCGUCUCCACGGCCCUCUUCGCCCUCUUCAUUGUUGUAGAAGUCUUCUACGCCGCCGAACCCUUCGCUCCGGGCCACAUCAUCUUUAACCGGGCCUUCUUUUCCGCCUACGCGUGCAACUUCUUCAGCUUUGGCGGCUGGCUCGCCGCCCUGUUCUACAUUCCUCUCUACUUCCAGGCCGUCGACGGUGUCUCUGCCACCGUUGCUGGUCUACGUCUCCUCCCCAGCAUCAUCACUGGCGUCAGCGGAUCCCUCUUUGCCGGAUACGUCAUGAAAUGGACUGGCAAGUUCUACUGGCUCACCGUCCUCGCCUACGCCGGCCUCACAGUAGGACUUACCACGAUCUUCCUCGCCUCCGGCGGCGUCACCGAGAACACCACCCUCCUCGUGCUAGGCAUGAUGGCCUGCGCCUUUGGAAACGGCAUCGGAGUUACCUCAACUUUGAUCAGUCUCAUCUCCAACGCCACCCCCGAAGACCAAGCCGUCGUAACCGCCUGCUCCUACCUUUUCCGCUCAUUAGGCUCCGUCAUCGGCCUCUCCCUCUCCUCAACAGUAGUCCAACAACUCCUCCGCGACCGUCUCGCCUACGCCCUCCGCGAUAGUAAAGACAUCGACCAGAUCGUGGACGGCGUCCGACAGAGUCUAGACUUCAUCAAGACUCUCGAUCCGGCGGUCGGGAAGAUCGUGCGUAGCUGUUACGGCUGGGCCACGAAUAAGGGCUUCUCUUUUAUGAUUGGGAUUGUGUUUUGUGCUUUUUUGAGCAGUUUCUUUAUUAAGGAGAAGAAGUUGUCGAGGUAGAUUGCCUUGGAGUGGGUAUUAUGGGUUAUAAGGCAAAGCAAAUUAUUGGCUGAAAGCGGGUCCGUAGAUGGGGGUUGGUGGGGUGGGCCUGUCUUGCUGGAUGGAUCAAAAUGGAUAGAAGGGGGAAUUGAUCGCAUACAGGACAUACACAUAUUGUAUAUUUCUGUGGAAGUCUGAUAAAAAAAGAAAGGGAUUGGUAAGUCUAGUGAGACUUGGUUUUGAGUCUGACUUGGUCUAGAUUGAUAUCUUGUUAAAAAAAAGGCUUCGGGUUUGUACAUAUGCACGUUCUAAGGCUUGGAUCUAAAAUGUAUACUAUCUUUUGAGAUA